AUGCCGAUCUCGUUACUACCCGCUUCGGCUGCGGCCUUUGCGCCCCGUUCCAACGUCAACGUUGUUUUGGCCUCAAAAGCCGAGCCAUGGUUAACACAAACCUUGAAGAGAGUCAACCGGGUCAAGCGGCCGUUGAAUAGCGUACAACAACACACGCGCUGCCUGACCGAGACACUAUCCGGCCCAAAUGCCAUCUGGUCGCUUUGCUCCAUCAUGGUACCAAAGGCUCCCGACUCGGAACUGCGCAAGGACUCGAAUCCGCUUGUCGAGGCCCUGUUCAACUACCAAAUCAUCCACAUCGAGGCCUAUGUCGUACACGUCGACAUGGUUUCACAACAUGAGGUUGCAUUCAAGCUUACACAGGAGACCAUCGAUGCGCUUAUUGAGUACCACAAGGACAUCUACUCGGUUGAUGUCUCCGCCAGCACCUGGGAGUGGGCUGAGAAGGAGCAGCAGUUGAAGAAGCUUCAGGAUGGAUUUGUCCAGGCCGUAAACCGCUACGUAUUCCGCACUGGUGUCAAGGCUCUGGAAGGUUUGGAGGAAGAAGGCGCGGGAGAACUACUCGAAGGACGAGGUGAGGACGUCAAGAGCGCCAUCAUGGGAUUGUUCCUCCCCCUUCUUCCCCCUCCUCCCAGGAUUGUUGAUGUCGUCCGACCAGCACCCCUCCUCCCAAGCUCGACUGCCUCAGCCAACUGGUGGGUGCCAACGCAACAGAUGCACCCGUCGCACUCUGCCCCAGUCGAUGCCUGGAGGGUGGUUCCUUCGACCCCCAGCCCUACCAUUGCUACCUGCGGUGAAACUGGACCUUCAUUCUGGAGCACCAUGGGAACCAUGGGCUUCGAAGCCAUUCAGCUUCCGUCGCCAACUCCUUCCUUCAGCCAGCCAUACAACUCGACGAGCCCCUACGCACAAAGUACCAGCCCAUAUGCGCCAAGCACCAGCCCGUACACAUCGAGUUCGUAUUACAGCCCGCCCCCGGCAUCGGCACCAAUCCCAGCCCUUCCUCUGCCGAGUGUCUUGGCCCAGCAAUGCGGGUCAAGCGCCGUCCACGGAGGAUUUGGUGGUUUUGGAUGGGAUACUGGAUUUGCACCACAGUACGCAGCCUUCACAUAA